AAAGAUGCUCCGCGAUGCUCGUGCUCUCAAAUUCGUUGAAGGAGUUCGUUUUCUGCCAGUUUACGCAAGAGAGAACAUCAUGGAAGGUAUUGGGUUUUUGACCGUCCUAUCUGGAUCUAUGUUUAUUGGAAGCUAUGUUGCCGGCGCGAUUCCAAUGAUGUUCAACAUGUCCGAGUCGCGAAUGCGAAUGGUUAGCAUCUUUGGUGCUGGUCUGCUUCUUGGAACCGCUCUUUCGGUCAUCAUACCGGAAGGAAUCGAGGCCCUUUACGACGCGAAACCAGAAGCGACACAUGUCGAGUUCCACGGCAUAGUUAAUCCUGCGAAAGCGAAGGCAAUCCUCGAAGACACGAAACCCAAAGGAGAGCCACCGCGUAUUGUUCCAGCAGACAUAGAACAAAAGAUAAACGCCGUUAAUCAAGCCAAUGCCAGAAAGAAACGAAGCCCUGGCACAGAAGUUGUUCCGAGCAACGAGAACUCGCUAAGAAUCAAACGAGAGGCAGGCCAAGCUGCUGCGGCUGUUGCGGAUCACGCAGAGCAUGCUGAUCAUGAACAUGAACAUGAGCAUGACCAUAGUGCUCAUCAUAAGAUUGGGUACUCUCUUGUUUUUGGGUUCAUCUUCAUGUUAUUAGUCGACCAAAUAAGUAAUACUGCAGGCAUCCGAAAUGUCACGCAAUCUCCAUUGCCAGAUGAUCGUUCCGGUCGCAACAGAAUGGGCAUAUCUGCCACCAUCGGUCUUAUCGUACAUGCCGCAGCUGAUGGAAUAGCACUAGGCAGUGCUUCGACAAUACACAAAUCAGAUGUGCAGUUAAUCGUAUUCAUUGCUAUAAUGUUGCACAAGGCUCCAGCAGCAUUUGGUUUGGUUUCUUUUCUUCUGAUGGAAGGAAUAGAUAUAAGAAAUGUUCGCAAACAUCUGCUGGUGUUCUCUUGUGCAGCUCCAUUUGCUGCUAUGGCGACAUUUCUACUCGUCACGAAAGUGGGAAGCGAGUCCAUUUCAUCCUCGGGCGCUUCCACUGGGCUGCUUAUGCUAUUUUCUGCGGGGACGUUUUUAUACGUAGCCACUGUGCAUGUUUUGCCCGAAUUGGCAAAUCGUGGAAAAACAACAAAUAUGGAUUACACCUUGGUGGUCGAUGCGCAAUCUCCUGCUACCGCAGGACAUUCUCACUCAGGAGGAACAAGUUUUACGAUCAAGGAAUUAGCAGCUAUAAUUACUGGAGCUAUAGUGCCGGCCAUCCUGGCAUCAGGCCACUCACAUUGAGCAAUGAGGCUUCGUCUACUUUCAUGAUGGUUCUCUAUCCACUGCAAUCGCUCGACACCAUUUGAAUGAUGUACGAGCCUUUCAGCAGAAAAAUAGUCAUCUCAGUUUUUCUUUUUAUGUUGAGAAUUUCAGAUUUGCAUAUCUUUUCUAUUCUGCAUUUUUUUCUUCAUCGCCAAGAACUGUACAGAUUGUAUUACUAUCUAGUAUAAGAGAGCUUUUGAGCGUAACGAGGCCAUAUUGGUAGUUUUACGACAAAGGUUCUGAUUCUUGAGUUUACCCACCCGUUAGAACUGUGUAUCAUCUGUGAUUUAUGGGCAUGGGUAACAUUACCAAAAGUAUUCCCGACCAGUUUCUUUGUAAUUCCUGCAUGUCUUCGCACGGUUACUAUAUUGACAGUACAUAAAUAAAUGCAUAUGAAU